CUCAAACCAUGAGAUUAUAUACUUCGAAAAAAAAAAAGUUGAAAUCGAAAAGAAGAAAUGACAAGCGAGGUGCAUGACGAUAUCAAAUAUCAAACGUAGUAGGGCAUAGUUAUCGCUUUAUGGGGAAGGUAACGGCCACAACAACUCCUCUGUUCUUCCAAUCAAAACUCCUCUGCAUUUCUCUCCUGUAUCUCUUCACCACCCUUUUACUUGCUAUCUACCACUCUCUCUCCUCUACCAAAUGCCUCUUCAGAUCCUCUCCUUUCGAUCCAAUCCAAACGCCUUUCUUCUCUUACCCUCAUUCCUAUGGAGAACACAAGUAUGCUAUCCCCACUGACCGCUCUUUCUGCUCCUCCCCUGGUUUUUUCUCUGAUUAUGGUGUGGUGGUGGAUGAGAUCAAAGAUUUGUGUAAGAAUUCUUCAGCAUUUUGGCCCGUUCUGAGUUAUGUACAGGGGAAAGGGGACAGUUUUGGUGGAAAUUUGAGUACCCAGAAGAGAAUUACGUAUUUUAAUCAUUCCAAUAAUGGCGUGAAAGUCCCUUGUGGAUUUUUGAAGAAGUUUCCAGUUAGUGCUUCUGACCGAAUUGCCAUGGAAAACUGCAAUGGAGUUGUUGUAGUAUCUGCAAUCUUCAAUGACCAUGACAAAAUCCGGCAACCGGUAGGCCUUGGAUCCAAAACCCUAGAGAGCGUAUGUUUCUUCAUGCUCAUAGACGAUAUAACUCUUAAAGGACUUUAUAAUCACAAAUUGAUCCCACAAAACUCACCUGACUAUAAAGUCGGUGUUUGGAGAAUUGUUAAAGUUUCUUCCAAGAAAUUGUAUGAGAAUCCUGCAAUGAACGGAGUGAUACCAAAAUACUUGGUUCAUAGACUUUUCCCGAACUCCAAAUUCAGCAUUUGGAUAGACGCGAAGCUGCAGCUAAUGGUUGAUCCAUUGUUGUUGAUACAUUCCCUUGUUGUAUCCACGAACGCGGACAUGGCUAUAUCGAAGCAUCCUUACUAUAUUCAUACUAUGGAAGAAGCUAUGGCGACUGCAAGGUGGAAGAAAUGGUCGGAUGUUGAUGCCUUGACGAGACAAAUGGAGACGUACUGUGAAAAUGGGUUGCAGCCAUGGACUCCCAAUAAGCUCCCCUAUACCACAGAUGUACCAGAUAGUGCAUUAAUCUUGAGGAAGCAUGGAUUGGGCAGCAAUCUUUUCUCCUGCCUAUUGUUCAAUGAGUUGGAAGCAUUCAACCCCAGGGACCAACUGGCCUUUGCCUACGUGAGAGAUCGGAUGAACCCAAAGCUCAAGUUGAACAUGUUUGAGGUGGAAGUGUUCGAGCAUAUUGUAGUGGAAUACAGGCACAACCUUAAAAAAAUUGGGGACGAAUCUGCUGGCUCUGGGACCAGACCCAAAGCCAAAAGGACCAAAAGGACAAGCCAUGAUUUCGAUUUGAACGGCAGCAGCUGCCAGAAAUAUCUUUUGGAAAUGUGGGGUGAAUCCCAUAGUUGAUUUUGUCCGUAACUAAGGUGUCACACUUUGGAAAAAGAAUAUAGAAAAAAAGAAAGGGUCAAAUACAAGGGAAAAUGAAAACAAAACAAACUAACCAACCGAACGACAUUUCACAGAGAAAGCUGACAAACAAAACAGGUUGGCAGGGUAUAUUUUAUUUUUAUGAUAUUUCGGCAGGGGGCAGUUGUAUUAUUCUUUGGAAGCUUUUCAGUUCAACCAAGGCGUUAAAAUUAGAGUAAAUUUGCACGUAGUAGUUUCAGUUGCUCCAUCACCUUAAUAGUAUUAUAACUAACUUGGGCUGCCA